CUAGAUGAGUGUACUCUUGACAGGAUAUGCGACUACGGUCAAAGAUGUACGAACACUCAUGGAUCCUACAAAUGUUCUUGCGAUCAGGGCUACUAUCUUAUCGAUGUAGCGAAAAAUAAAUGCGAAGGUGAGCUUGUCAAAGAUCUUGCCGAAAAAGGAAAACCUCCCAUAGGUACAUGUAUGGUUACGAGACACUAUGUCAUAAGUAGCAGGUGGUCAAGCCAUUUUUGGGCGAAAAUACAUGUUUUUCCACUUCUUUCAACAAAAAAAGAAUCAUGCAAAGUGCUUAUUUAUGUGUUAUUUCUCAUAUAAAGCACAAAAAAACACCAUUUCUCCCGUUUUUAACCUGAUUUCUAAUUCUUGGUAAAAUCCAAGAUGGCGGCCAAGAUGGCGACCAUUGUUGGUGACGUCACAGGUCUUCAGCAGCGUCACCACCCAUGAAAUGUACCUCAUCUUGUUAAGAAGAUCAAAGGCUUUCCACUGAAGGUAAAAUCGUUUCGAAACACUGCAACAUAUCAAAAACUCCGCGGAGGGGUUCCAUUCUUCCCUCCGCCUUCCUUGUACCACGGUGGGGGUAUGAAUUUUCGUGUACGUCCAAGGGUUAAAACACAAGCAAAUUUGUGCAAAUUUAUUUUUUUCGUCCGGUGAUAUUAGCAAGAAUUGAAGUACUCAGCGUUGAGCUUUUGCACCGGUCAAGCAAAGCACAGCGUUACAGCAAAAGCGUUGGGACCCACUCUGAUCGUUGUCGCACUCACUAAUCUUUGGUUAUUUCUAGAAUAGAAAAAAAAAAUUGUUCUUGAGUUUUUGGCUUUGGUUCUUGUUCAUAUUCAUUAUCUAAAUUUGAUUUCAGAUAUUGAUGAAUGCAGCAACUUGACCAUGCCCUGUGGAAGGCACAAUUUCAUCCGUUGUGAGAAUACUGAUGGUGAUUACUUAUGUCGAUGCGAUCAAGGAUUUCAGUUUGACAAGGAAGAAAAACAGUGUAAAGGUAAAGGAAAUUAUGAAUGA